AUGGCUCUCUCUGGUGGGCAAUGCCCAUCGGCAGCAGCAACAUCUUAUCUAGUCCACCAUGUUGCGCUGCCGCCGAAGCUACCUCAAGCUGAUGACUUUGACGCCGGACAUGAGCGCUGCCUCCUGGACACGAACCUCAACGCGCUAUAUGCUCUCAAGCCUUUCGUCACGAGCCAACACGAUAGCACAGUCACCCACGCCAUUGCGACCAUCGAGAACCUCCGGCGAAGUCAAGACCCGCACGGCAACGUUAGCGAGAUUCAGUUACGCAAGCUGCUCGAGGAGCUUGCCAGUGGCCAGAACAAAGGCUCUAUACCACUGGAGAUCAAGGCACAGAAUGCGGGUGUCCUUAUCAGCUCCGAUGGCGACCAGGUUACGUUCGAGUUCCUUGAGCUUUCUCCUGACAACAAGAGUACCAUGCUCAAUGGUCGCCUGGUCCGUAGCUUCCCAGGUCAUGCUGCGAGUAUUCCAAUCUCCAAGCUGCAAGAAGAAGGCUUACAGAACAUGCUGGCCGACACAGUGGCGAAGAUGAGCACUCAAGCCGCUCCUGGCUUUCAACCUGUAGCACGCAAAGCUGGCCGGGAUCAUGACGAGGACCGCGACACGACUCACCCUGGAAUGGUGACCGACUAUCUCUUCAACAUUGUCGCUGCUCUUGGUAAGACGACCGCUGUCACUCGCAUAACCAAAUAUACUCGUGAAGAGGUUUUGUGGGACAACUGCAAGAUGCCCUGGCGACGCUCUCCCAUGUGGCUUCUCGUUCGAGUCACCCUUCAGCUGCUCCUCACUCGGCGAGGGCCCAAGUCGUCGAUCCCUGAUAGCCUAUACAAGGUAUUCAUGGUACACCUUCAGUCCUUGAUCCUAGCACAUGUCCAAGUCUACUGGAACCUGUUUGGCAGUGAUUAUAUCUACGUUCUCAAUGCCAAAAUGCUUCGUCGACUACGCAAGCUUGAGGCUCUGUCACAGCUCGACUGCGUCCUGCCCUCUUGGAUGGACUAUAUCCGGACAUGUAUGGUUGACGCUUUUGGAUUCAUGGACAAGAAGUGGAUGGCUGAGGCUCAGAAUACCCGAGCAAACCUCCAGGCUGCCAACCUUAAGUCUUUGCGACCCGAGGACGCCCUUGACAUGCACCUACCCGAGCUCGACACUUUCCUAGCAAGUGUGCAUGGCAGAAAGGCCACCGCCGCUUGCUCCGACUUCAAACCAGGCCUUUCAUACCCCACCUUUGCUAAGAGUAAUCUGCCCGAGGGCUUCAGUAAAGCCGACGAGUAUCGAAACUUCCGUUUAGCUGCGGUAGAGAGCUGGGUCCAAGAUUUUCUCCAGUCCUGGAGCGAAUCGCAUCGCAGCGAUCAAACAACCUGUGGGCAACUUUACAAUCUGAUGAAGAACUAUCAUAGCAGUGCCAGUGUUGCGUAUCAAGGUCUCCCGUCAAGCAUGUCGGUCAUGUAUCUGACUAUUCUCGAAAUUUGGGUCGCUUGCGACAAGUCAGCAUGUAGCUUGUUCGCCCUUCUAUCCACGUACGAUCCUGAAGUUCGACUAGUCGAGUUGCAAUGCUUGACGCUGCCUCUCCGAAGCCAAAUGCAGCGGCUACGGGCAGUGGAGUUAUAUUGGCCACUCUCUCCCUACCAGCCUAUUGCUAAAGCAACUGUCUUUGAGCUGAAAAUUCCAGGGUCAUUCAGCGCAUGGCGAGACGCAUCAACCUUCGUCAUCAUCAGUGUUCUUGGCUGUAAGAGUAGCAACGCCGAGAAGCCCCAGCACUCAUACAUCCUGAGCGGUCAUCGCGACUUAUCUCACAUGCUGGACUCACAAUACCAUUUGCGACGCAUUGUUCCGUUGUCAUCAAUAAAACCCCAUUCGGUAACUCAUCGCAACAGUAAGAAGGUUGUUCCACACCUGAAAGAGGACGACGUCUGUCUGCAGAACGGUCUACGCUAUCAGUACUUUGACACAACUACGGGUGCGUGGACUGCAGCGCAGACACCAAGUGGGGAUUUGCCACAGAAGUGCAUGUAUCAGAUGCCUGCCCGCUCAAAAGCUCUUGAGCAUUACCUGCACAAGCCGCCUUCGGCGCCUGAUGGAGUCCAGCCGAACGAGGUAAUAGCCAGCCUGUCAGAUUGUCCGCCACAUCUAUCCAUCGAGGAGUACAAGGCUUUUGGAGCUCUUCCGCUGGGUCGCAAUAUCUUCUAUUCGAACAUACUCAUGCAACUCGCUAUUCCGACGCUAGACUUUUCCAAGGUCGAGACCCAGUGUCUGAUGUCGCAGACGGUGACCCAAGUCGGCCUUCCUAAUGGUGAUGUUGAGCGCACAAGCCACCGCAUUCUCACGGACUCGACCUUUGGAUCCACGUUGAUAGCGCAUCUUGAAAUCGCUGCGCAACGAGUGGAAGAGAAUUGGGAGUCUUGGAGAGCGAUGGCUACCUUCGUCCAGCUUGCUUGCCGUGUCACGAACCUUACGAAGUCCACAGAAGUUCGUCAACGCUGCUUGCAGUUCCUGCACAAGGCCCGAAGGAUCUCGAUCACAUGGCUCCACCGUCUUAAAGCUAGAGCAGCUUCCUCUACCAACGACGAACAGCGAACCGAGCUUUUUUCCAGAGCGACAGAGAUUGCAUUGCUUGGUACUACUACUUUCGAUGUCGAGGACGAAUUCGUCAACGUCGUUUUGCAACAGCAAGAUGCAGUAUCUUCGCUUCUGCAAUGCUCGAUUGCUGUGCAAGAGAACAAAGAUCUGAUCUCAGGUACAGAAGGUCUUCAGAAUUCUGCACUGCAGACAUGGCGUUCAUUGAUGUAUCGCGUCUUCUCAAAGCUGCGGAAAGUAAUUUUGUGCGAUUGUACUGGCCUCAAUCAAGCAGUGCUCGAGUGUUGGACAGCCUUUCAGCCUGCGACGAACGCCACCUGGAGGAUCCUUGAUGAUCCUCACCACCACUGGCUUCAUAUCGCCUCAGGGAAACUGCCGGUUCAUAUCAAUCUAUUGACCGGCGAACUCCUGGUCAAUGGGUUGCCACUCACACGCCUACCAUCCGAAUUUCUAGCACAUCCCAUGUACAAACUGUUAUUCUCAGCAUCUACACUUGAAGUCGUUCCUACUGAUGAGCCUGGAAUGCGAUUUUCUGCUAAGACGACGUAUCAUGACCAUGAGCUUCACUUUGGUAUGGCUGCAGCAGACAUGCUGGUAGUCGCAAUUGGCAAGGACAAGAAUGGUGAUCAUCAACUCCAAUCGCGCCAGUACCGAGGAAUGAUCCUUGAUAACGACCAGAGGAUCGGAACACUGAUUGGCUUGACUAGCAAGUUGGUUCUACGACGCGCACAGUCUGCGAAUGAUCGGCUUGUACUCAUACCCGAAGGUGCCGUGAGAUAUCACAAAACCUUGAGUCACCACUCUUCCGUCACUAUCGGAAGGCAGGAGAGAAGUACCGUUCAUGCCUACCAGCUAGAUCCAACACUGGGACGUGUAUUGGACAAUGGAGCGAUGCAGAGCAAGCUGAUGCUGUGUUAUUUGCAUGCGCUCACAUCACACUGGCUGCCAGAUCCGCUCACACGCUACACCGGAACUGAAGCGGCACUGACCAUCCUGAGGUCGUCAGCUGUUCGCUCUUUUGAUGCAUUGUCCCUCGAAAACGCAAUGCUUCUGAACAAAUUAGCUACUCUGUCACCGCAACGUAAAUUCUACCCUUCACACGAGCGAGUAAUGCAGCGGAUUGAAUGGGACCCGAAUCUCUCCUUUCAAUCACAGCAUGGCGACUUUCAAGUACUUGUCAGAGAGAUCUUCGAUCACGAGAAGAAGAUGUCGUUGUUCCACUCGAAAAACAUCUUCGAAGCUUUGAGUCGCAGUGACACCGCGUGGAUAUCUGCGAUCAACUCUGAUCUUCACGAGCGGGCCUCCAUUCGAUCAUCUACCUUUCAGGUUGCAGGUUUUGGAGCCGAGUACUUCAAGACCAACGUCGAUAGAGCUUAUGACGCACGAGACCGGCAAGCAAAUUCGGAACGCGGCCGUAGAGCUUUCCUAGCUGUAUCGAUGUUUGUCCGAGAUCAAGCUUUGCUCGACGAAUCCAUCUCGAACCUCAGAGUCUAUCAGAAUCAUUUCUACAAUACGGAAGUCAAGGGAUUCGUAAGUGCACACGAUCCGCCUGUCCUGCGUUAUGACUCGAAGUGGUUGGGUCCUCCUUCGCCUCUGAUGCAAGAGCUUUGGUGUACGCUUCAUCAUUCUCUGGCCACAAAGUCUACCAUCAGCAAUAAGUUUGAUGUUCUGAUAUGGCUAUCGACCAUGGCAUACGCCACUAAAGCAGACAUGAAUGUCAUCCGAGCCCUUGUGGCAUUCUAUCGAAUGCCGCAGUUGGCCUCAACCCAGAUUCCGACAAAGCCUCUAUUCCGCUUAUCGCACGGGAGUACAUUCAAUAUUUUCGAAGUGCAACAUGCAGCUGAACGCGCUGCACGGUCUUACGAAAGCUCUUCUGAAGCGCAAUUGUGCAAACAAGGAUCUGAAUCAGACGAUCAGCAUCUGAGGAGAAUCGAGUCCCUUUUCGAGAACCAGAAGGGCGAAGCUGUGCAGACUUUUGUUGCUGCGUUACAGACUCAAUGGCCUCGGGAGCAUCCCAAUACACCGUUCUCAAGUCACAUGAAUAAGUACCUGGAUACGGCCCCUGCAAUGGACACCAUCAGAGCCUUGUUUCAAUCAUGGUACGACAAUCGGGCCUUCGAGCAAUACAUUAGAACGAUAUCGAGUGUUAUCGAGCGUUUACCCGCUGCGUCCAUCGCAACACCACGCUUCGAUGUACCGGCGCCGUCCAAGAAGACAGAAUUAGGACCUGAUGGUCGAUACUGCCAUCCAGCGACGAUAUUUACUUCGAGACCGCCGAACAUUGCAUGCGGUUCGUCAAAUACGGAUGAUUCCUCCCUUUUGAUCGCCCCACAGGAGCCAAAAUUGACCGCUGUACCGAAGUCCCUUGUCUCAACCGAGACCGAAGUAAAGGACCGACUGGACGACUUCUGCCAGACGUUAAGUGCAUGCGCCAAAACCACGUGUGAGCAGAAUUAUGUCGACAGCUUGCGCACUAGAUUACUUCGACAGUAUCUUUCGGCAUGUGAAGAGUACUUCACGACGUUCGGUCGCAGACUUGAAGGAGUCCUCGAGAUUGGAUCUACUCACAGCAGUGGAAUUGCAUCUUCCAUCAAACUGUCACCUCGUCUUUCGCCGUCAUUCUGGUUGAGCCAACUCAAUCACGACCAUUACAAUUCUCUUUCAGCAGAGUGGCGGGCUGUGAUGGUAGAGUUUGGUUUAGCUAUCACCAACCUACACCGAGCUCAGAGGCUGGUCGCGCUCUUGGAUAAACCUGUUGAACUCAACGAAGAACUUCAGCACGUCAGCCAUACGAACUGGAAUCCAAGCAAAUUCCCGGAAACCUUGCUCCUCGAAGCUGAGAGCGGCAUUCUGGUACGCAAAGUACAAGCGACGAUUGCUGCAGAGAUGAUGGAGCCGCUGGACGCUCAAAACACCGUGAUGCAAUUGAACAUGGGAGAAGGAAAGUCGUCCACGAUUGUGCCCAUCGUUGCGGCAGCUCUAGCGGAUAGGAAGAAAUUAGUCCGGGUCGUCGUGGCAAAGCCCCAGAGUAAGCAAAUGCUCCAGAUGCUUGUAGCCAAACUCGGCGGCCUGCUCAAUCGCCGCAUCUACCACAUGCCGUUUUCAAGAGACCUUCAAUUGAAGGAAGCGGACGUUCGGGCUAUACGCGAGAUGUAUCAGGAUUGCAUGGCUCACCGAGGAGUCCUCCUGAUCCAACCAGAACACAUCCUCUCAUUCAAACUCAUGGGCAUUGAGUGCCUUCUUACAGACAAGCCGGGAGUGGCUCGUCUACUUCUGGACACUGGAAGAUGGUUUGAUGACGUUUCUCGUGACAUCGUGGACGAGAGCGAUGAGAACUUCAGCGUCAAGUUCGAAUUGAUCUACACCAUGGGAUCUCAACGAUCUAUUGGGUUUGCUCCGGACCGCUGGAUUCUCAUCCAAGAAGUCAUGGGAUUGAUUCCAAGGCUUGCUGCUCAAGUCAAAGCCAUGUUACCGCUCUCAAUCGAGGUUCAGCAUGAGGCCAAUGGCAGGUACCCUCGAGUACGGAUAUUGCGCGAUGAUGGAGCCAAAGCCUUGCUCGCUUUGCUUACAGAACAUAUCAUUAAGAACGGUCUGACUGGUCUCCCGAUUUGCAAUCAGCGAGAAGGAACUCGGGAAGCGAUCAUGCAGUACAUCUCGACUGCUGACCUGAUCGCGAAGCAAAUCCAUGCCGUGGAACAGAGCAGAUUCUGGACUGUCGCGACUAAGGAGCCAUUGUUACUCAUGCGAGGCCUUAUCGCAGGCGGCGUGUUGCGCUUUUCUUUAACCCAGAAACGCUGGCGUGUGAACUAUGGUCUGGAUCCCACUCGCAUUCCAAGCACACAACUUGCAGUGCCAUACAAAGCUAAAGACUCGCCGUCGCCACGAUCGGAGUUCUCUCACCCGGACGUUGUUAUUCUUCUGACACUUCUGAGUUACUACUAUGGAGGUCUUCAAGAUGACGACCUCUUUGACUCCUUCGUUCACCUCCUGAAAUCUGAUCAAGCCACCAUUCACUAUGACGAGUGGGUACGCACUGCAGCUCCUGAGUUACCUGCCGCAUUUCGACAGUUGUCUGGAGUCAGCAUCAAGGACCGCGUCAUGUGCAUUCAACAGAUCUUUCCCCACUUGCGAUACUCUAGGGCCGCCAUCAACUAUUACCUCACAUUUAUCGUCUUCCCGAAGGCGAUGAAGGAGUUUCCUUCAAAACUGUCCGCAUCAGGCUGGGACCUCGGUGCUGUCAAGAAGCACCCAACCACCGGCUUCAGUGGCACCAACGACACCUUGCAUGUCUUGCCCCUUGCAGUCAAGCAUCUUGAUCUGCCAAGUCAGAGUCACACCAAUGCCUUGGUCCUUGGGUAUCUUUUGCAGCGUGAGACAUCAGUCGAAAAGCUUCCAGCUCGGUCGGCGGGAACUGAUGCUGAGCACCUCCUCAUUUUCAUCAACAACCUGAAGCCUGAGGUUCGUGUAGUACUUGACGUUGGCGCACAGAUACUGGAGAUGAACAACACCCAAGUCGCUCAAUGCUGGCUCUCCAUGCGCAAGGAUGAUCGAACAGAGGCAGUGGUGUUCUUCAAAGACGAGGAGUUAUCGGUGCUCGAUGUGAGUGGGCGCAUUGAGUCUUUUCAGACAUCACCGCUUGCAAAGCAGCUUGACCGGUGUCUCAUCUAUCUUGAUGAAGCACACACUCGUGGGACGGAUCUCAAGCUUCCACGCAACAACAGGGCUGCUGUGACUUUGGGUGCAAAUCUGACCAAAGAUCGCUUGGUGCAGGCUUGUAUGCGCCUUCGUAAGCUCGGUAAAGGCCAGUCUGUCGUAUUCAUGGCUACCCAAGAAAUAUGCACAAAGAUCUACGAGCGAACGAAGCAGGAUCCCGAUAAGCCCAUCACAGUCAUCAACGUGUUGUGCUGGAGCAUUGGCGAGACUUGGCUCGAUCUGUCGAGGAGUAUGCCACUUUGGGCUGUACAGGGUCACCGCUACGAAACACACAAGCACCUUCUGAAUGGUGCAAGCACGACCUUGUCACAAGCCCAAGCAUUCCUCGAAGAUGAAGCCCAGAGCAUCGAAGACCGAUAUGCGCCAGUCACAAAGAGCACCGGUCAAUCCAUACUACGAGAUCUGACUAAUCCCAGCAUCAAGCAGAUUCACUCGCGUUGUGUUGAAUUUCAGGCAGUGGAUUUCAACUCCGCCAUGUUGCACGAAGAACAAGAACGUGAGCUGAGCCCUGAGAUUGAAGAGGAACGUCAAAUCGAACGUCCACCCAAGAUGAUCGCCGAGAAGCACCGUCUCCAUCCAGACCUCGCACAUCUUGCGCGCUCUGGAGAGUUUCCCAGCGCGUCAUCAGCGUUUGAGCCCGCUUUCCAAGCUCUCAAGUCGACCAGUGCUGCUGAGCACUACGAUCUUACUCAAUUUCCAAAGCACCUCCUUGUCACAAAGGACUUCAUGCGGACAGUUAAGAUUCCUGCAGUCUCCAGCUUUGUCUCAGACUCCUACCAGAGACCGGUUCAGUGGAUUCUCUCAGUUGUCGAUCAGGCCCACUCAAACGUCUUCAAGCACCUGAUUGUUCUCAGCCCAUUCGAAGCGAAUCAGCUGCUGUCAACAAUCGCCAAGCACAAGAAGGUAACCUUGCACCUUUACGCGCCGCGCUUCAACGCCAGCUUCGCACCGCUCGACAAGCUAAAGCUGCUCAACAUUGGCCGCAACUUUGAUGAGGGUCGAGUUCCACAGUCGCUCACAGUGCAGCUGAACCUCUUUGCUGGAAGUCUUUACCUUCGCUCUUUCGCCGAGUAUGAAGCUGUCUGCGACUUCCUGGGUCUCCUGCGAGGCACAGCUGGCCCUGAUCAGCAAGUCUUCGCCGAUGGCUUCAUCGAUCCUCCUAGUGGAGAGUGGGGUCUGAAGACUUCCCCGGUGCAGUUCUUGCGCGCUUUGCUGAUGAAGAUUCGGAAGGAGGGAGAGGGUGUCGAAAAGACGCACAUGGGCAGAUUGUUAGGUGGCAUUCGGUUGGAGGAAUGUGACUUCGAGACAGAAGUUCCGCAGAAUCAGGGUAAAACCUGACCUGGGACACCGGUGUCUGUGGUUCUGAGAUAAAUAGAGGUGGAUCAAGG